AUGAAUUUUGAAAGAGAAAAAAAAAGGGGUAGUGUGCAGCAUGAGGUAUUAGUAAAAAAUGAAUUUUAUGCAAAUACUAGUAAAAUAGGGGAAAACAGAAAAGGCGAAAAUUACGAUAAAUAUGAAAGGAACCAGGACAAAGAAAAUGGAGUGAAUAAUAAUAGCUUAUCUCCAUUAAUUGCUGCACAUAAUUAUUUUGAAAAUAAAUUUAAUAAUGAGGAUACCUCAACAAAGAAAAAAAAAAAAAAAAAAAAGAGAAGUGAAAGAGAAGGAAUAGGACUAGGAGAAAGAGAUGACAAAGAAAACGAAAUUGAUAACACGAACGAGAAUGACAAACUCAUGGAAUGUGUAUCAUCCCGUGGGUUAACAGGGAAUACAUUAAAUUUUGUAAAAACGGAGAUGAACAACUCACCAAGUAAAACAGUAAGUUAUGUAAUGAAAGAACAAAGGAAAAUAAAAAACGAAAAAGCGUAUACUACUAAUGAGAAUACAGAGGAAUGGAAUAGAAUGAAUGGAAGAAAUAGGGUAAAGGAAGAAAUAGGGGAGAAGGAAAAGAAAGAAAAGAGUUUAAAUAUGAUAGAAAUAAUGACAGAAAAAGGAAAAAUAAAAGAUGAAACAAGAGAGCAGAGAAUGGAAGAUGAGAAAAGACAACAGGAAAAAAGGGAGAAGAAAAAGAUAGAAAAAGAGAAUAAAAGAGAGCAGAAAAGGAUCGAAAAAGAGAAAAGGAAAGAGGAAAAUAGGGAGCCGAGAACGGAAGAUGAGAAAGGAAAGGAGGAAAAAGGCAAGCAGGAAAAGACAGAAAAAGAAAAUACAAAAGAGGAAAGAAAGAGGAAGAAAAGAGAGCAGAAAAGGAUGGAAAAAGAGAAAAGGGAAGAGGAAAACAGGGAGAAGGAAAGGAUCGAAAAAGAGAAAAAAAAGGAGAUGAGGAGGAUAGAAAAAGAGAAAAAAAAGGAGAUGAGGAGAAUAGAAAAAGAGAAAAAAAAGGAGAUUAGGAGGAUAGAAAAAGAGGAAAAGAUGGUGCAGGAUCUGAUAGAAAAGGAAGAAAAAAUGAUGGAGAAGAUGAUGGAAAAAAGGAUAGAGGAAGAGAAAAAAAAGAUAGAAGAAGAGAAAAAAAAGAUAGAAAAAGAGGAAAAGUUGAAUAAAAAAAGAGAGCAUAAAAGGAUUGAAAAAGAAAAAAGUAAAGAGUUGAGAAGGAUAGAAAAAGAGAAAAAAAAAGAAAAAAAAAAAGAGAAAAAAAAAGAGGAAAAAAGAGAGCAAGAAGAGAAAGAAAAGGAAGAAGAGAAGAAGCGAAUAGAAAUGCAAAUACAGAAAGAAAAGGAAAAAAGGAAACAAAUGGAAAUACAAAUACAGAAAAAGUUGGAAAAAAAAAAGAAGCAGAUAGAGGUAGAACAAGAGUUGCAAAUACAAAGGGAAGAGAAAGAAAAAAAGAUAUUAAAAAAAAAGAAAAAGAUGGAAGACAAAAAAGAAAGAAAGAAGAAAAGGGAGGAAGAAAAGAGGGUGAAAAAGAUGUAUAAAGAAAUGAACAAAGAGUUAGAAGUAAAGAAGGAAAAAAGGAAGGAAAUGAAAAAAGUACGUUUUGAUGUGGAUCAGGUAACAUCAGAAGCCCUUCUAAACUACUUUAUUGAAUCGCACAGGAACAAAAUAAGCAUAGAAAAUGAUGAAUUAUGUCAAUUAGUAACAGGAAAGAAAUUUUCGGAUAUAGAAAGAUUAGUGAAAAAUGCAACAGAAAUAACACAUCGUUCUUUAAUGAUUAAGAAUAUUCAAAAUGAAAAAUCAAAGUAUUGUAAGUAUUGUGGAUAUAUAUAUAAUUAUGAUGAUUAUAUAUAUUUGUUUAUAAAAUGUUUCAGUUUGUUAAAACUAGAAAAUAAUAGUAUGCAAGACUUCUAUGAUAAUACUAUUAAAUGUGUUUAUUGUGGUUAUGUAAUAGAUGAUAUAGAUAUAGAUAAUCAAAAUAAUAAUAAAGAUACAUAUAUUGAAGUAUGUUCAUAUAGAGAAAAAUAUAUAUAUGAUCAAAAUAAAAAAAAUUAUUGGAAAAAUAAAAUUGCUUCAUUCGAUAAAAAUACAUUAUUAUUUAAAGAAGAUAAUCAUAGUGCUUAUAAUAUAUCUUACGAAAAGUGUACUGACUGUGGUAACGAUUUUUUGUAUUUUAUAAAUAUUCAAACAAGAAGUGCGGACGAAGGGUCAACUAUUAUUUAUUUUUGCCCCAACUGCAAAAAACAAACAACUGUUAAUAAUUAG